ACAAAACAGACCAAAAAUAGGAAAAAGGAAACACAUCAUCACAAUUCAGUGAUUCACGGCACAAAUACAGAGACAAACGGCUCAACAACUCAAAAGACUAACACAAAACUCCCACUUUCUUAUUCUUCCUCCUCCCUCCCAACUGCCACUAAAUUGUUGCAAGAUUCACUGUUAGCAAUUCAGAAAGUUUCAAUCUUUAUGUCGUUUUGGUGCUCAAGAUGCGCCAAAUCCCUCAUUCCCCAUCCCCCGCAGCUCCCCAACCCCAACCCCAACCCCUCGGCACCAGUCACCUCCUUCAACCUUUCGCCGCCGCCACGGCCGCCGCCUUUUCGCUUCUCCUCUUCCUUGUAGUUUGCUGUCGCAAGAUCACCCGGAAGCGAACCGCCCCGGAAUCCGACUCCAAGCCUCCCCACCGCCUCUCCUACUCCGUCCUCCGCCGCGCCACCAAUUCUUUCUCCCCGGAGCGCCUCCUCGGCCAAGGCGGCUUCGGCUCCGUCUUCUUCGGUACCCUCCCCCACACCCGCCAAGAUGUCGCCGUCAAGCUCAUGGACUCUGGCUCGCUACAGGGCGAGCGCGAGUUCCAGAACGAGCUCUUCUUGGCCUCCAAACUCGACUCGCCGCUCGUCGUUUCCGUCCUCGGAUUCUCCUCCGACCCCAAACGACGCCGUAUGCUGCUGGUGUACGAGUUCAUGAGUAACGGGAAUUUGCAGGAUGCUCUCUUGCAUCGGAAGUGCCCUGAAUUGAUGGACUGGAGAAAAAGGUUCUCGAUUGCGGUUGAUAUAGCCAAAGGGUUGAGGUAUCUGCACGGAUUGGACCCGCCUGUUAUUCAUGGUGAUGUGAAGCCCAGUAAUGUUCUGCUGGACCGCAACUUCUCGGUCAAGAUUGCCGAUUUUGGGCUUGCCAGGUUGAAAUCGGAGAGUCAGGUAGUGAUUGAUGUGUGCAAGAUCAAUAAUGGGGUAGAGGGGAAGAAGGAGGAGCUGGAGACUAAUGGUGGAUGUGACUAUGGGUCUGUGGUUGAGGAAACUGAGAGUGUGGCAACUACUGGGUUUGAGGAGUUAAAUGUCGGUGUUGAUCAGUCGCCGGAGAAUCUAGCUAAGCUUCCAAUUUCUCCAGAGACGUCGGUGACGCCACUGUCUCCGGUGUCCCCAGAAGGGGAUUUUGAUAAGGGUAGUUUGGAUGACGGAGGGAAACAGAGAGUGAAUAAAGAUUGGUGGUGGAGACAGGACAGUGGGGGUGUCAAGGACUAUGUGAUGGAGUGGAUUGGAAAAGAGAUUGGGAAUGGUAGGCCCAUUGGAACCACAGCUUCGUCCAGCAGUGAAAUGGUUGGGAAUUGCGAGAAGAAGAAGAAGAAGAAGAAGAAGAAGGAUAGAAAGAGAUUGGAGUGGUGGAUAUCAAUGGACGAGGAAAAGAUUGCAAAAAAUUCAAACAAGGAGAAGAGAAGGCCUGCGAGGGAAUGGUGGAAGGAGGAGUAUUGUGAUGAGCUUGCAAAGAAGAAGAAGAAAAAGAAGGACAAGAAGCAACCAAAAGGAAUGAGCUUUGAUGAGAAUGAGGAUCACUAUUGGCCGGACGACGAAGAAUUGUAUGUGGAGAGUAAGAAGAAGAAGAGUAGGAGCAAGAGUUGGGGCAGUAUGAGUAGUAUUGAUUGGUGGUUGGAUGGAAUGCGUCGAAAUAAUAGCCAUGAUUCUGGGGAAAUUCCCAAGAGUGGUGGCAUUAGUAGUACUCCGAGCAUGAGAGGGACAGUGUGUUAUGUUGCCCCUGAAUAUGGUUAUGGUGGUGAUCCUUCUGAGAAGUGUGAUGUUUAUAGUUUUGGGGUCUUAUUAUUGGUUGUUAUAGCCGGAAGGCGGCCACUGCAGGUAACCAAUUCGCCUCUAUCCGAGUUCCAAAAGGCGAAUUUGUUGUCGUGGGCUCGCCAUCUUGCCCGUGCAGGGAAGCUUGUUGAUCUUGUAGAUAAGUCCAUUCAUUCUUUGGAUCGAGAAGAAGCGAUCCUUUGCAUCACUGUGGCAUUGGUUUGCUUGCAAAAGGUGCCUUCUCGACGGCCCUCAAUGAAAGAGGUUGUGGGGAUGCUGACGGGUGAGUUGGAACCACCCAAACUACCGCCUGAAUUAACCACUUCAGCUAAGUCACGCUUCCCAUUUAAGUCCCAUACAAAGGUCCGGUGAGUUUCUAAUGUAUGAUAUUGUUUUUUCAUUAACAGUAGGUGGUAUACUGCUACAGAUCAUUACUAUGAUGGAUGAUUUGUGUAUUGAAAGGAAGGAAAAGGAAUAGUUUUCAUUUGUAUUAACUUAUUAAUGAAUUUAGAUGAUUGGAAUUUCUUUCA